AUGUCAUUGGCACCCACACGAUGGCGACGCACUUGUACCGAGACAUGGUUUCUCUUCGACGACCCGCCACGGACCUCAAGGACAAUCACGACGAUGUGCUACAGCUUGUCAGCCGCUGCUGGUCCCACCCACUCUUGGAAUGGCAGUCGCACCUCGAGACUGCUCAACUGCGGUCGCCCGGUGGUGCGGAGCUGCAGCUACUCUCAGCAAUGGGAUCGAUCCUCGCGACGCGCACGCUUUUUCUACCACGGGCAGUACGCAUUUUCCAGUCGCUUCAAGCAGCCGGAAUAG